ACUUCGGCAACCCGGAGGAGGCGUAUCGCAGCCGUAACAGCUGGGAGCUGCUCCGCAGUUUGUUCGUGUUAAGAAUGUGCGCCGUGGAGCCGCUGCUGCAGAGGCACCAACAGCUGCUGCACGUCUCCCAGAAGCUGCUGGGCCGGAGGCUGUUUGAGAGCCUCAUGAAGAUGACCUUCUACGGGCAGUUCGUGGGUGGCGAAGACCAGGAGGCCAUCAAGCCUCUGAUCCGCCACAACGAGGCCUUCGGGGUCGGCUCCAUCCUGGACUACAGCGUGGAGGAAGACCUGAGCCCGGAGGAGGCCGAGAAGAAGGAGAUGGAGUAAGUGCCCCCCCCAGAGACGAGGAGACCCAGGGCGGCGCCGGGGACCCCUGCGUAGACCCCUCCCCGGAGAGGCCGCCAGGGCCGGGGCUGGCCAGCGUCCGGGACCUUUAGUGACC